CACUAGUAUUUCGUUUUGGUCGGGACGCGGUUCAACUUUUCGGUUCUGCUUUACGGACUUGCGCGAGUUUAACACCAUGGCAGCCCAGACUAUAUUGUUUGAUUUUACGCUUGACAAGGAUAAAACAGCAGACGAGGAAGCCCGCCAGAAGGUCGCCAAGAUCCUGCGUAACGAGCUGGAGCAGGUUUUUCCCCAGCUGGUAUUGGCCUACUCAAUGGAGUCGCCGGAGAACGGUUACUUUGCGGUCCUGCACGAGAACAAGGACACGGUGAUUACCUGCCGGAUCUUCCAGCACGGCCUGCUGACUCUCAACAUAGAGUACUUCCUGCCCGACGGCAAGGAGCCCAUCAUAUCCUUUGACACCAUGCGCACAGUGGAACUGAUUUUGCGGCAGAAAUUUGAUUCCGAUCGAUCAAAGUACUUGCCUCCGAUUAAGCGCGGUGGAUAUAUCGACAUAUACAUGACUAGCUCAGAUGAGCGCAUCAUCGAGUAUGAUAUCGACAAGGUUGUGUUCGAAGCCCGUUCGCCCUUCCAAAAGAUUCAAAUCAUGCACUCGAAGACGCUGGGAAACAUGCUGCUGCUGGACGAACUGCAGAAUAUUGCUGAAUCCGAUUUAAUCUACACGGAGACCCUAAUGUGCCGUGGUGUGGAGAACUACGAGGGCAAGGAGAUCUGUAUUCUGGGUGGCGGAGAUGGCGCCUUGCUUUACGAGUUACUCAAAGAGAAUCCCAAGCAUGUGGUGAUGCUAGAGAUCGAUGAGCUUGUGAUGCAAACUUGCAACAAAUACCUCAGCGUGAUCUGUGGCGAUGUAUUGGAAAAACGCAAAACCGACCAGUAUGAGAUAAUCGUCGGCGACUGUGUGGAAUACUUGAAAAAGUUCACCGCCGAGGGCCGCAAGUUCGACUAUGUAUUUGGAGAUCUUACGGAUAUUCCCAUUACCGAGGCCCCGGAGGGUGAGACUUGGGAUUUUAUCCGUACUAUUUUCGAGCACUCGUUCAAUGUACUGAAGCCUGAUGGAAAAUAUUUGACUCAUGGCAAUGGGUCUACCUGCCAGGUUCAACUGCGUCUCUUCGAGGAGCAGUUGGAAUUACUGCGCCCCAAGGUGAAGUUCACCACAACCAAGGCGUUUGUGCCAUCGUUCAUGGAAGAGUGGCUCUUCUACCAAGUGACCUUCGCCUGACAAGCUCAGGUGGAUCCGCCAGCAGCAGCAGUAGAUACUUCUAGCGCACCACCAACCGCCACUCACACACCAGCAUCACACAGCAUCACAAGUCAGGAAUCACAAACCGUCGGAGAGAUGAUCCAGUUGCACUCCUACACAGUCACCCUCCAUGGAGCAGCAGCCGGAGUUCAGAAGGAUAAGGAUAAGGAGAAAGAUAAUAGGAAUGUGGGGCAAUUGAAACCACGACCAAGGCGUCGAAAGAAGCGUGUACACUAUCACCACACACUGGUUUCUUAGUCCCCAGUUAAUGUUUAAUCGAAAGCACAAGAGCUAAUCGCCACCAUCGAAACCAUCGCAACAAGACCGAAACAAAAGAUAAAACACGCACUUCCAAUGGCUGUUACUUACAAUUGAAAACCAAACCAAAUACUGAACCCAAUUCGUUUAUGCUUAAGUUAGGCUUUAGUUCCGUUUUCUCGUCCACUGAUUGAUUUUCAAUGCUAAAAUUAAGUCAAAAGUACAACCUUUAAGCAAUUUAACAGGCUAAAUAACUUAUAUAUUCGUGUGUUUAUUUGAAUUACGCCUAAGCAUAGCAUGUUGGCCAACUAUUUGUAAUAUUUCGUAUAACGUGUAAAUCUAUAAUAUGUAGAGCAUAUGUUUAGUUAUCCAUUAACGAGCUAAUUGAAGCGGGGAACUCCCGAUCGAGAAUGUGUGCAUGAGGGUGUGAGGAAGCGUAGCAGAAAACACCAACUUUUAUUGCUGUAAUAACGAUUAAUACCAAAACAUUUUAAACGAGAAAACUAAAAAGUAAAUAAAUAGUCGUAUGCAGAAAAAA